AUGAAUUUUUACAAAAGUUUUAUAUUAUUUAACAUAAUUAUGGUUGUGUUUAAAAAUAUUGUUUCGAAAUCAGGUUUGGGUCAAGUGAUACCGUGUUCUAUUGGCCUGCAGUUUUACGCGGAGAUAAAUAAUACUAGCGGUGAAGAUUGUACGGUGGAAAUACACCCGGAUGAGUGUUGCUUAGACGCGAAUGACGCGAAGUGUAAUAUUGUUGAAGUUAUCGGAACCGCCGCUGACCAUAUUCCUGAGGGCUCAACGAAGACGCUACAACUAGUAGCACCCCUGCUUGACCCAUACGAUAGAAAAGGCUUUUGCACUAUAUACGUAGACUAUAAAUCAAAAUCAAGACCGAAGAAGUUCAUAAGGGAUACUAUCAAAAUAAAAUUUGACACCACGCUUCACAAAGACAAUCUUCCUGAGGACACCAAAAUCUGCAGGCACGUGGAUGAGGAUCCAUUGAACGAUUGUAAACCAGUGCAUUGUGACACUUAUUACAAUGGCAAGAAGUCUUACUUUAGUCUGAUAAAGAAACGAUGCACUGAAAUACCCACGUGUUUAACAAACGAAAGUUCUGAGUUGCCAUUCAGUGCGUACAAUCCAGUUUCUAAUAAAUGUAUUAAUAAACCAGCUAUAAGCAAAGAUGACAUUGAAUUUAUUAAAGCACUAACUGGAGGCAAGGACAGGAAAACUAAGGACAUCCUUAUUAUCAAAAUGAUGGAAAAUAAGACCGCAGAAGCGAUGCCCUAUCCUAUGAGCGAUGACUUAGACUCUGAGAUGGUUCCUGAAGAAAGGGUUGAAUUUAAUACAAUGAACGAAGCUCCUAAACCACCGACUAAGCCGCCGCCGUGCAAACCGUGCAAAACAACGACAACAGAAAAACCCGUAGAGGAGAAGAAGAAGUGCUGCUUCGUGAAGUAUUUCACCUCAAAAAAAUACACUAUGGUGAUCCUAUCUACGGUACUGGUAAUCCAGUGCUGCCUUAUAUGCACCAUGAUCCUUUGCCUUUCUAGGAACUGUAGCUGCUGCAAGAAAAAGAAAGUCAUCAAAAAGAUCUUUAACUACAGACAAGACGCCUCCGUGACCACACCCCUCAUUUGCACCAGCAAUAUUGACACGGAGACCACGGACUACCAGUACCUCAGUGAAUCAUCGAACUAUAUCGAAAAGAAAAUCAAGUGCUACAAAGCGUGUCAGAAGGAAAGGAAAAACAAUGUAAAGUUGAGCAUGUCUGAUGAUAUACUCUCCAAAUGUUUAACAAGAAGGGAUUGGAAUAGGCUGCCUCGCUCUGAAACAAUACCUGAAAUUAGAAACGAUGACGACUCAAGGACAGAUAGACAGAAAGAUACAGUUGUAGAACACAGAAAACCAACAGACACAAAAGUGAAUUUUCAAGAAGAGGUUCGUGAUCACAAAAAACCUAAAUCGGUCAAGAGUAUUGUAAAGAAAAGUGAAGCGAAACCUCCCGGAGAGCAGUUGAGUGAUUCUUCUGAGAAAGUGAUCAGAUGUCACAGCUACAAUUACGAAGGCGCGCCUUCUGGUUUUAAAAAGAGUUCGCAUAGUAAAAACUUCGGUUUGUACAAACAGGACAAAAAGACUGAUUCUAUCGAGCAAGCCGCUCAGGCUUACUUCUCUAAUGACUCCAUAGAAGACUUUUUAUCAGAAAGAGGCGUCAUAUUCAUUGGUGACAACGCUUCUAAAUACUCUUUUACGAGCAUCUCAAGCGGUGCCAAAAGUUCAGCUUCUUCGCAGUCGAGUAAAACAUCGAAAAAUAAUGUGGUUAAGAAUGUCAUAUCGUUGUUGACGAGGAAGGCGAAAACUCCGAUGUCAGACCCUGGUCUGAAGAAGUCUAAACCUGACCUGGAUCUGGAAUUAUUGCACAUAUCUCAAGCGUCUAUGUGUUCCUCGAGCAACGAGUCCGAUAUCUGCAAAGACUUGAAAAGAAUCAAAGAUUCCACUAGUUCUCUUUAGGUUAUUAUUGUA